AUGGAGGAGCGAAGGCCGCCAGGAUGCACCGUGCUCUUCCGUGGCGGCAUCUUCCGGCGUUGGAACCGCCACCGCCGGACCGCCUCCACCCCACCCACCAUAGUCCCCGACACAAAUCCUCAGCCACCGCGGGGCUCCACCCGGCCUAAACGUACCGCCGGUCUCCCACCCGCGCCGGUUGCCAAGUCUACUUCCGUACCCGCAAAGCGACCGGCCGAUCCGGUCGACAACCCCCCGCCGGCCCCCGUACCGCACUCAAAUGCAGCGCUGGUGCGGGCCACCUCCGGCAACGUGAUGAUCUACGGCAACUUGGGCAACCUCAGCGGCUACUGCCGCAGCAGCACACCUCACGCUCCCAACCGCAACGUGCUCGAUGUCCUCCCCAAAACAGCGAAAGAAUUGCGCAUGGAUUCCGCGACAAAGAAGCAGCCGAAAUCUAACGGAUCGAUGGCUAACGAAGAUGCGAAGAAGAAGAGCAACACACUGGAAGAGGCGGCGGAGGAGCCGAGAGGGGAGCUGUGCCGGGCGCUGUCAAGGAGGCUGGGGCCGGAGGAGCUGAAGGCGAUGGGGAGCGAAGAGUGCCGGAAGGGGAGGCUUGCGGAGGCGCUGGCGUUGUACGAGAGGGCCAUCGUGAUGGACCCGAAUAAGGCCUCCUACCGGUGCAGUAAGGCCGUGGCGCUUGCCGGACUUGGGCGGCUUCUCGACGCAGUCGCAGAGUGUCGAGAGGCUAUAAGGAUCAACCCUUCUUACUACAAAGCGCAUCAUCGGCUCGGCACGCUUUAUCUCAGACUGGGGGAAGCUGACAGAGCCAUUCACCACUACAAGCAGUCAAGAAGAGAAGCCGGCGCCGAGGACAUUUCGCAAGCGCAAGCCAUCAAGACCGAUAUCGCUAUGUGCUACGAAGCCCGCAAGAUGAAGGAUUGGAUCGCUGUGCUGAAGGAAUCGCAGUCUGCCGCUUUCAAGGGGGCUGAUUAUUCUCCACAGGUAUUUGCAUUGCAAGCUGAGGCUCUUCUAAAGCUUCAACGGCACGACGAGGCAGACACAGUACUUAACAGCGCGCCGCCGAAGUUUGAUCUUGAAGCCUCAACUCAGUUGUUUGGUACCACCCGAACUGCUUAUGUCCGAAUUAUCCGAGCACAAGUUGACAUGGCUUCGGGAAGGUUCGAGGAAGCCGUCGCAGCAGCUCAAAGGGCUGCUGAUCUUGACCCAGGCAACCGCGAGAUAUAUACUGUGGUGCGGAGAACAAAAGCAGUGGCAUCGGCGCGAUCCAAAGGUAAUGACCUUUUCAAGGCCUGCAAGUUUGUGGAGGCCUGCAAGGCUUAUGAAGAGGGACUUAACCAAGAAUCGCAUAAUGCCGUUUUGCUUUGUAAUCAAGCGGCGUGUCGUUCCAAGCUAGGGCAAUACGAAAAAGCCAUCGAGGACUGCAACGGUGCUCUCGCCAUGCGGCCCUCGUAUAGUAAAGCUCGCCUCCGGAGAGCAGAUUGCAAUGCCAAGUUGGAAAGAUGGGAAGCUUCGAUUCGGGAUUACCAAGUGUUAGUUCGAGAAAUCCCAGGAAAUGAGGAGGUGUCCAAGGCACUAGCUGAGGCUGAAGCCCAGCUCAAGAAGAAGCAAAAUGAAGAAGCGAAAGACACAUCGCGGCCCUGAUCUUCUUAUAAUAUAACCUCGUACGUCUUCUUACUAACUUGCGUACACUUGUUUCUCUGUGUUAGACGUAUAGAUAAGUGUCAUUAGAUAUUCUAUAUUAUAGAUCUUUUUAGUGCUUAAUUUACAGUGUUCUGAACAUAUUUCAGAAAAAGGAAUAUGUUUCUAAAGAGUUCCUCUGCUGUGCCAUGAAACCAGUCCUUUAAGCAAUCGAGUGCUAUAGAGAUUUUAGAAUAAUUAGUUUAACACUCAUUAUUUAUCUAAAUGUUACUAUAUCAAAUAUAAGGAAUCUAGUAUUGAUGAGCUUGUUUAAUAUACAAUUAGUGAAUCUACCAGAGCUUAGUUAUGCUUUAAUUCUUUUUCAUUGUCAGGACUCAAUUGUGCUAAUACAAAUUCCUGCAAUUCAUGGUAGGCUACUUCAAUAGCUUUACCCUUCUUCACAGAGAGAAUAUGGUUUUGAGUUCCACCCUCGAAUACCCUUCCAAGGAGAAAAGAUCAAAAGAUGCGCAUAAAAAUGUACAUACUAGUGUAUUAUUAGGUAAGCAUUUCCGAAGUACUUAAGCUGGAAAUUGACUUCCUUUAUGGGAAAAUCACACAAAAUCUGUCCAAACUAUUGAGAAAUUUCCGUCCGGCGGGAGGCAGCUUCAAAACGCGCAGAACAAACAGCAUAGCAAUGUUCAGUUUGUCAGAAGAAACCUUGUUUUUCAAUU